AUGGAUUAUUUCAUAGAAACUCUUAAAUUAAGAAGUCAAAUUCUAUCAAAUAAUAUACUCUUGCUCUUAUGUAUCUUAGCUCUUAAAAUCAACUUUUGCCAAACAACCCUAUCUUUUAGAAACACAUUACCGCUAUGGAACUGGGAGUGCAUAAACGAAAAAUGUUUGCCAGUCAAAACAGCGCACGUGUCGAAGCUACAGUCCCUGGAAACGUGCAACAUGCUCUGCUCAUCGAUGCAGAUUUGGCCUCAGCCGACCGGCUCAGUUAGCUUGUCCACCACUGCAGUGCCGGUGCGAUCAGACAUGUUCCAGCUGGAGAUGGUCCAGGCUCCGUCUAGAAUAGUACAUGAACAUAUUCAAGAUGCGUUUGGUUUGCUACGUGAUGAUUUACGGCGACUAGAGCAUGGCGCACGAGGUUUCGAAGAGUGGCGAAGUGUAUCAGUGCGCAUUGUCGUCAAUAGUAGUGAUGAUCCACGAAUGCAAAUCAAUACUGACGAAAGUUAUAGUCUGUCGCUUCGACCCCUGGAAGGCACCGGUGUCGCACUUAUGGCCGAUAUUGCCUCACCUACAUUCUGUGGCGCUAGGCACGCGAUGGAAACACUCUUACAACUAGUGUGGCUGGAUCCUUAUUUGGGAUCCCUUUUAAUAUUAGAGGCAGCUAGGAUAGAUGAUGCACCCAGGUUUAGUUAUCGAGGUUUACUUGUGGAUACAGCGCGCAAUUUCUUCCCUAUUACGGAACUAAUGAUGAAUAUAGAUGCGAUGGCCGCUUCCAAAUUGAAUACGUUUCAUUGGCAUAUCAGCGAUUCACAAGCAUUUCCACUCCAUACGAACAGCAUUCCAGAAUUGGCAAACUAUGGUGCACACACUCCUGGUGACGUGUAUACUCCUGACGACGUUCGAACAGUCGUGCGCAGAGCACGGUUACGAGGAAUCCGAGUGUUGUUAGAAAUAGACGCGCCCGCUCACGUCGGCCAUGCUUGGAGUUGGGGACCUGCUGCAGGCCUCGGAGACCUGGUAUUCUGUCUUGACGCAGAGCAUUGGAGUCAAUAUUGCAACGAGCCACCCUGUGGACAGUUAAAUCCACAAAACAAUCGUGUGUACGACGUAUUCGAACGGCUUUUUAUCGAGACCGUUCAAUUGACUGGAUGCGAAGACAUGAUUCAUCUUGGUGGUAGCGAAAUAUCCGAGCGAUGUUGGGAAGAACAAUUUCGUCAGGCCAACAAUGACACCAUGGAUCUCUGGCUACACUUUACGCGGACAAUUUUGAAGCGUCUCGAACAAAGGACCGGACAAUUACCAAACCUAACAAUUUUUUGGAUGUCUCGUCUCAGUGAACGGUUUAAAGGUGAAUUAAGGGAAUACAUUCAGCACAUAGGACUUCAAGUUCGAAAUUCUGCAUGGACUCAAACUUAUGUCAGUGGCAUUCGGACGAUUUUGUCUCAUGAGAAUGCUUGGGACUUAAACACUGGACAUGGAUCGUGGUAUGAAGAGAAUAGCGGUGCACCUUAUAAUUCGUGGCAACGAGUGUACGAACAUCGUCCUUGGGUCAAACACACCACUGCUAUCGUGGAAGGUGGGGAGGCUACGGUGUGGUCGUCAGUGCUGAGUGAGGGGGGCUUGGUACAGCGCGCGUGGCCGCGGGCGGCGGCGCUGGCGGAGCGCCUGUGGACCGACCGGCCGGAGGGGGCGACGCGCCCCGUGCAUCAGCGUCUCGAUGUCCACCGAUCUCGAUUGGUCGCACGUGGAAUCCAAGCUUCCCCUAUAUGGUCAAUGUGGUGCACACAAAAUACAUAUUCCUGUAGCUAA